AUGCCUCGUGGGCAGAAGAGUAAGCACCAUGCUCGUGAGAAACAUCGCCAGGCUCGGGCUGAGACCCAGGGUCUUCAUGAUCAGGCUACCACAUCUGGGGGAGAAGAGACCACCUCCUCCUCCCCUCCUGAUUCAGAGAGUGGUCCCUCAAGCUCGUCUGCUGCUGGCAUCUCCAAGGGGCCUCAGGGAGCCCAAGGCACCACCAGUGCUGCUUCAGGUGCUGUACGCAAAAGAUCUGGUGUCGGGCACGCAGCACGCUCGAGAUCUGUUGUUGGUGUAGGUGCCGAGGGCCAAGUUCAGGAAGGGGAAAAUUCCUCCCAGGCCUCGGCUGCUGCUGAGAGCUCUCACACAGAUCUUCUGAUCAUGAAGUCACAGAUGUUGGUGCAGUACAUGCUGUGUAAGUAUAAGACGAGGGAGCUCAUUAAGAGGUCAGAAAUGCUGAAGGCAGUCACUAGAAGGUACAGGGAGCAAUUCCCUGAGAUCCUCAGCAGGGCCUCUGAGCACAUGGAGCUGGUGUUUGGCCUGGUGCUGAAGGAAGUCAGGCCCAACAGUCACUGCUAUACCCUGGUGAGCAACCUAGAUCUCAGCGACAGUGAGUCUAUGAGAGGUGACUGGGGGCUGCUGAAGAAUGGUCUUCUGAUGCCUCUGCUGGGUGUCAUCUACCUAAAUGGCCACUGUGCCUCUGAGGAGGAGAUCUGGAAGUUCCUGAAUAUUCUGGGCAUCUAUGAUGGAAGAAGGCACUUCAUCUUUGGAGACACCAGAAAGCUCAUCACAAAAGAUCUGGUGCGGGAAGGGUACCUGGAGUACCGCCAGGUGCCCGGCAGCAAUCCCCCUCGCUAUGAGUUCCUGUGGGGUCCUAAAGCGCUCUCAGAAACCAGCAAGACGAAAGUCCUGCAAAUUUUGGCCAAGGUCAAGGAUUCGGUCCCUGACGCCUUACUGCCGCAUUAUGUGGAGGCUUGGAGAGAGGAGGUAGAGAGCUCCAGAACCAGAGCUGUAGCCGGGACCAGCCCUUAUGCCUCGGCCAGUGUUGGCCCUUCUGCCUCAGCCAGUGCUGGGCCUUCUGCUCAGCCAGUGCUGGCCCUUCUGCAUCGGCCACACCUGGCACUUUUGUUGCAGCCAGGGCUGACAUGUCUGCCACGGCAAGGCCCAGCCCUUCUGCCUCAGCCAGUGCCGGCCAUCCUGCCUCGGCCAGACCUGGCACAUUGGCCUCGGCCAGGGGUGACAUGUCUGCCAGGGCCAGACCUGGCCCUUCUGCCGCGGCCAGUGCUGGCCCUUCUGCCUUGGACAGUGCUGGCCAUCCUGCCUUACCCAGACCUGGCACAUCGGCCUCGGCCAGGGCUGACAUCCAGGGCUGACAUGUCUGCCAGGGCCAGGCCUGGCCCGUCUGCCUCAGCCAGUGCUGGCACUUCUGCCUUGGCCAGUGCUGGCCCUUCUGCCUUGGCCAGACCUAGCACAUCUGCUGCAGCCAGGUGCUGGCCCUUCUGCCUUGGCCAGACCUAG